CAUGAUUCGAGGAUCUUUUGAUCGGGCUAUCGCGUUGACUGUGGAUGUUGGAUAUCGUGGUGUUGAUCGUGAAGGAUCAAGUAUAAAUGAUCAAGACUCUCGCUGUCAAAUAUCAGUUCCUCUCAACACUCAAACUCAGGCAAACAAACCAAUAACGAACAUCUCCGAAUAACUCAUCAACCGCCAAAAUGAAGUUCCUCCCCAUCGCCGUCGCCUUCUUCGCAACCUUCGCCAUCGCCGCGCCCUCCCCCGCAGGCGACCUCCAAGCCCGCUCAUGCACCUGCAAGAAAGUCGGCGACGACUGGAUCUGCACCGGCACCAAGUGCUACGACAAGGUGAAGCGCGACCUCGUCCCGCGCCAGUGCUCAUGCCACAAGAUCGGCGACGAGUGGCUCUGCGGUGGCCCCAAGUGUCCCCGAGAUCUUCCUGAGGAGAACCAGCUUGAGAAGAGACAGUGUUCGUGCCACAAGGUUGGAGAUGAGUGGCUCUGCGGCGGGCCCAAGUGUCCGAGAAGUCUGCCGGCUGAGGAGAGUGGGCUAGAGAAGAGGCAGUGUUCUUGUAAGAAGGUUGCUGGGGAGUGGAUUUGCAGUGGACGAAAGUGUCCUCGGGACUUGUCGCACCUCAUGGGUGAGGAGUAAACAUGUUCUAUGGCUGAAGGAUACUAUCGAACCCAUUCUUUAUAUGCCAAGAUGGAAGCAUCCAGCCGAUCAUCAGAGUUCACCCAUGCAAAAUUGGUCGCUUGGCAGGAACUAGUGUUUGAAGCAUAAUCACGUUUGGCAUCAGAUGAAUAUAUAUAUAUGACUUACAAACCAAACUUAUUCACCUACAUUUGAUAUCAGUAGCCAAGCGAAAGACGUACUCUGGCUCGUGAGAAGAUCAUCCCAAGUGUCAAU